AACGGCAGCAGAAAGAAUGCACAAGAAGCUUCAGCGCGGCUCGAUGGGUCACAACAGCCCGCAAUCGCCUUUAGUGUGAAUGAAACAGGGCCAAGUACCUUCAGGAACAAUCAGGCAGCGUCUCGAUGUGGGUCACAGCGGCUGCGCGCCAACCAGAAGGUUCCGUGAAGUUCUUGGUCUACGAGAUUCCACGCGCUUCUCUACAAAAAUCUGUCUCGCCCACGCUUUUAAAAGCCCACCCCGCCGUUGCUCUUCCACGUCUUCAGAACAUCAAACAACCACCAAAGCAAAGCCUCACUAUAAUCAAGUCACCGACUUGUGAGCAUCCAACAGCGUUUCCUUUCUUUGAUACCCCACACUACACAUAACCGCAAUCAUGUCUGCCAUCGGUAUUGAUCUCGGUACAACCUACUCUUGCGUAGGCAUCUUCAGAGAUGACCGCAUUGAGAUUAUCGCAAACGACCAGGGUAACAGGACGACACCGUCGUUCGUUGCCUUCACCGACACAGAGCGCCUCAUUGGUGACUCCGCGAAGAACCAGGUCGCCAUGAACCCUAUCAACACAGUCUUCGACGCCAAGCGCCUCAUCGGCCGCAAGUUCGCCGAUGCUGAGGUUCAGGCUGACAUGAAGCACUUCCCCUUCAAGGUCAUUGACAAGGCUGGCAAGCCCGUCAUCCAGGUCGAGUUCAAGGGCGAGGAGAAGACCUUCACACCCGAGGAGAUCUCCUCCAUGGUCCUCGUCAAGAUGAGGGAGACUGCCGAGUCCUACCUCGGUGGCACCGUCAACAACGCCGUCGUCACAGUCCCCGCCUACUUCAACGACUCGCAACGUCAGGCUACCAAGGAUGCUGGUCUCAUUGCUGGCCUCAACGUCCUCCGUAUCAUCAACGAGCCUACCGCCGCUGCUAUUGCCUACGGUCUUGACAAGAAGACCGAGGGUGAGCGCAACGUCCUCAUCUUCGACUUGGGUGGUGGUACAUUCGAUGUCUCCCUCUUGACCAUUGAGGAGGGUAUCUUCGAGGUUAAGUCCACCGCUGGUGACACUCACUUGGGUGGUGAGGACUUCGACAACCGUCUUGUCAACCACUUCACCUCUGAGUUCAAACGUAAACACAAGAAGGAUUUGACCUCCAACGCUCGUGCUCUUCGCCGUCUCCGCACCGCCUGCGAGCGGGCCAAGCGCACCCUUUCUUCGUCUGCCCAGACCUCCAUCGAGAUCGACUCCCUGUUCGAAGGUAUUGACUUCUACACCUCGAUCACCCGUGCUCGUUUCGAGGAGCUCUGCCAGGACCUCUUCCGCUCCACCAUGGAGCCCGUCGAGCGUGUCCUUCGCGAUGCUAAGAUCGACAAGUCCACCGUCCACGAGAUCGUCCUCGUCGGUGGAUCCACCCGUAUCCCCAAGGUCCAGAAGAUGGUCUCUGACUUCUUCAACGGCAAGGAGCCCAACAAGUCCAUCAACCCCGAUGAGGCUGUUGCCUACGGUGCUGCCGUCCAGGCUGCUAUCCUGUCCGGCGACACUUCGUCCAAGUCCACCAACGAGAUCCUCCUGCUCGACGUCGCGCCGCUUUCUCUCGGUAUCGAGACCGCUGGUGGUGUCAUGACUGCUCUUAUCAAGCGCAACACCACCAUCCCCACCAAGAAGUCUGAGGUCUUCUCCACCUUCAGCGACAACCAGCCCGGUGUGCUCAUCCAGGUCUACGAAGGCGAGCGCGCGAGGACAAAGGAUAACAACUUGCUCGGCAAGUUCGAGCUGACCGGUAUCCCGCCUGCGCCCCGUGGUGUUCCUCAGAUUGAGGUCACCUUCGAUGUUGAUGCCAACGGUAUCAUGAACGUCUCUGCUCUCGAGAAGGGUACCGGCAAGACCAACAAGAUUGUCAUCACCAACGACAAGGGCCGUCUCUCCAAGGAGGAGAUCGAGCGCAUGCUUGCUGAGGCCGAGAAGUACAAGGAGGAGGAUGAGGCCGAGGCUUCCCGUAUCUCCGCUAAGAACGCUCUCGAGUCCUACGCUUACUCGCUCCGCAACACUCUCUCCGACUCCAAGGUCGAUGAGAAGCUUGAUGCUGGCGACAAGGAGAAGCUCAAGGCUGAGAUUGACAAGACCGUCACCUGGUUGGACGACAACCAGACUGCUACCAAGGACGAGUACGAGUCCCAGCAGAAGGAGCUUGAGUCUGUUGCCAACCCCAUCAUGAUGAAGUUCUACGGCUCUGGCGGCGAGGGUGGUAUGCCCGGCGGCAUGCCCGGUGGCGCUCCCGGAGGUGCUGCCCCCGGCGCUGGCGGCGAUGACGGCCCCACCGUUGAGGAGGUCGACUAAGCGGAUCGCUUUGCUGAGUCUUCUUCUUCAUUUUUUCGAGCAUAGACUUCUUCUUUUGGGCGGUCUUCGGAGUUUAUGGCCGUAAAGGCCCUUUCACGGUUUCAUUUGCAUCAGACGCGUUACGAUAAUGACUGGAAAAGUUUGGUGGAACGCAUGUGAUGAUAUAUCCCGAGUAGAAUCCACAUAAUUACUUC